GUUUCCUGGCUUUGCCCAUAUUUAUUGCCGCGCCGCCUCCGCGGUUGCUUCAUCACCCUCUCGGCCUCUUCCUGCUUCCACUCGCCCUCCCAUCACCGGCCCCAUGGUGGUGAGGAAGCGGCCGCGGCAGACCAUGCCGCGAACCAGCAGCAUGGCCGAGUUCGCCCCUUCCGACGCAGCCGCACAGCUCCGCCCCUCCGAUCGCCUCCUCCGGCAGCAACCCAGCCACCGUCGUGAUGCGGAUCCGGAAGAAGGGCGGAGGAGGAACACGGGCGGUGCUUUGGCGACAGAUACGGCAGCGUCCUUCUUAACGGCAUGCGGCCUCUGCAGGCGCCAACUCGGCCCCGGCCGGGACACGUUCAUGUAUAGGGGUGACAUUGCAUUCUGCAGCCUAGAGUGCCGGCAACAGCAUAUAAAUCAGGAUGAAAAGAAGGAGAAAUGCUCCCUAACUUGCAUGAAGGACACUCCCAAGGCUCCUAGUAGUUCCAGUGAUUCCGACAACUGUGGAACCGCUGCUGCUGCUUAAAAUUCGAUCGACUGUUACGGUUACUUUAAGUUGUAAGCCAAAGUAAAAAGAUGUAGUUGUUGGGUGGUUCUAUUAUGCUUUCAGGCAUCAACUAGGUUGUUUAACAAUAAGUCAACCACUAUGAUGCAUUAUUGCUAAGAUUGCGCUUUGUUGGAAGAACAUAUCCUAUCAAUAUGAUGCUGAAAUCACUAGCGUCUAUCAAUAAGAUUGUGCUAUGAGUCAGUGGUCCUCUA